AUGCCAUCAUUCAUCGCGCUUGGUGUAACAGGCCUCAUAGCUGCCUACAUCUUCCUUCGCACUCUGGUCUACUUGACGCACGAUCCAAGAGAGCCGAAAGUAUUGGCCGGGACUAUUCCCUUUGUCAGCCCCCUCAUUGGUAUGCUCACCGAGAAGGGUCGCUAUUACGUUCGGAUGAGAGACACAUAUGGACUUCCCAUAUACACCCUCAAGAUGCCGGGAGCAUCUCUAUACGUUGUGAACUCUCUCCAAUUGAUACAACGUAUUGAUCGCCAUAUCUUGACUGUCGCCUUCUCUCCCAUUCAAGCGCGAGUGUGCGACAAGGUAAUGUGCGUGAGCAAGAGUGGCAUGGCCACCAUUGCAGGAGAGAAGGAGGUGACUGAAGAUGGCUACCUAAGAAGCUUCCCGAGAUCUACAGCACCCGGUACUUCACCAGGCCCCGGGUUGGAUUCGCUCAACAGGGCAGCCGUGAAUUGCUUCGCCGCAUCGUUCGACAAGCUUGCAAAGCAGGAAUCUUGCACUGUCAAGCUCUAUGAAUGGCUACGGCAUGAGAUAUUUGCUUCCACCAUGGAGGCGACAUACGGGCCUCACAACCCAUUUCGCAAGCCCGAGCUGGAACAAGCAUGGUUUCAAUUCGAGUCUGGUAUCAUGACACUUUUGAUGGAUAUGUUCCCGAGAAUAUUUGCACGACAAACACUCAAGACGCGCGAGCUCAUGGUAGCAGAGUUCGAUCGCUAUUUCGAGCAGCAGCGACAUCUUGAAGGUUCAUUGUUGGUCCAGCUCCGGCAGAAACAUAACGCUGCCUUUGGACUCGACAAGGACUCGGCACAUAUUGAAAUUGGUCAAGUUGCUGCUGGUAUUGUCAAUACUGCCCCAACUGCCUUCUGGACGAUUUGGCAAGUUCUUUCAGAUCCGAUCGUACUGGAAGACUGCCGUCGCGAAGUAACGAAUCUUGUAACGACUGACGCGCAUGGCGUGUGUGUUAUCGAUUUGGCACAGGUUAAGACCAAGUGCCCGAUCUUGGUGUCAACAUGGCAAGAGGUCUUGAGAUUUCAUGGCAUUAGCAUUGCUGCUCGAAUCAUCAAGGAGGAUACCUUGGUGGAUAACCAGUAUCUCUUGAAAAAGGGCGGAGUCUUGCUUAUACCAAAUGCCGUGAUCCACAGUGACCAGACCCUAUGGGGGCCAACCGCGGAUGUUUUCAACCAUAAGCGAUUUCUCAAAACCACAAAAGAUGAAGCACACCGGUUUCCUGCCGCUGCAUUCAGAGGAUUCGGCGGGGGUCACGUCUUGUGUCCUGGUCGCCACUUUGCUAGCACUGAAGUCUUGGCCAUUCUGGCCUUGAUACUCGCGAGAUGCGAUGUACAGCCUGUUGGCGGGAAAUGGAUUGAGCCCAAGAAAGACAACGUGAUGGAUCGGGCUUGUCCGCUUCCCAAACAGGAUCUCCAGGUUACGCUGGUCCCGAAGAGCAACCAGCAGUGGCGCGUAGUUUUCUCUAAUAACGACAAGGGCAUCAAUAUCGUUGCAGAGGAUUUUUGUGAGAAGGGCACUUGA